ACUGAAUGAAGGCUCCACAGCAUAAAUAGGUGCCUGCAGGAGGGACAGGUGGAAGUUACAGAGAACGUUUCAUUGAGGAGACUACGGGAAAGUACUAUUUCCACAAAAGAAGACAGACUAAUAACAGACUGCAAAUAACAAAGAUGAGGGAAGAGGAGGGCUCCCAAAGGAGUGCAGAUGGAAAUGUGAUGCUGGCUGAAUUGGGGAACAGUGCCCAGAAAAUGAUUGGAGUAGUCUCCGGGAGAGUCACUGGGACAGUCACUGGGCUGGUGCAGACUGUACGGAAUAAAACCGUCCGGCAGAACUCAGAGGAAAAUAACGAAACAUUGCUAAAAAAUGAGAUGGAGUUCCACCAUGCGGCCAAAAGAAAUGAUGUGGAAAAAAUGACAAAACUUAAAGAAAAAAGACUGAACAUAAACUCUAAAAAUGUGCUGGAUCGCACAGCACUUCAUUUUGCUGUAGCUGGAAACAACCAUGAUGCGGUUAUGUUUCUUCUCAAACAUAAAGCUCGAGUUGAUAUCACUGAUAAGCAUGGCCUCACUGUCCUGCACUUAGCUGCCUGGGCAUCUGACCUGCGUAUGAUGCAGAUGUUAAUUAAGACAGGAGCCAGUCAGAAGACUACAAAUCAGGAUGGAAUGAACGUCCUCCAUUUUGCUGCCCAAAAUGAUAAGAAUGAGAUAGUGGAUUAUCUGCUGAGAGAAAUGCAGCUGAAAGAGUUAAACAUCAAAGAUGCGAAAGGUAAGGAACCAUUUCAUCAUGCUGCUGAGAAAGGACAUCUUAAUAUGAUCAACAAUCUGAUUUCCCUGCAAUUAUUCACAUCGGAGGAAGAUAAGGACUUCAAUACAGCUCUACACUUGGCUGCCGCUAAUGGUCACGACGCAGUGGUGAGGGUUCUGUUGGUGGGUUGGGAAGAAAAGGACAGCCCAAAUAAGACAGGGGCUACACCAUUCUACCUGGCAGUGGAAGGAGGACAUGAAUCCUGUGCUGAUCAGUUACUGCAGGAUGGAAGCGAUAUCAACACUAUGACCAAUGAAGGAUACACUGCGCUACAUAUAGCAGCGGAGAAGGGUCACUUAUCUCUGGUCAACUUCCUCAUUAAGAACCACAUUGACUUGACACCGAAUCCCAAUGAUAAAAACACUCCUAUCCAUUUGGCUAUCCUAUAUAAUCACACGGAUGUAGUGGAUGUGUUUCUAGAGACUGGAUAUGAUAUUAAUGCCACCAAUGUGAGAGGACAGACUCCCCUGCAUCUAGCAGCUGAACUCAAGAACACUAAUUUGGUGGAAAAAUUUCUUAAAGCCGGCUGUGACCUCACAAUUGCAGAUAAGCAAGGUAAAACAGCACUUGAUGCAGCAGCAAGAAGCAAUCACACCCUCAUUGUAGAUAUGAUUAUUAAAGCAGAUAGAUACAACACAUGGAUAAAGGAGCUUAUAGAAGGUGACACUGAAGACUCUGUCACAUUCAAACAAGAUCACGCUUCAAAGACCAUCCAGAUCCGCUCUGCUCUCUGGAAUUUGGCAUAUCAGCAGCUCAAACCUGACGAAUGGAAGAAAAUGGCCCAGUUGUGGAAGUUCACAGAGCCACAGAUUAAAGCCAUCGAGAUGCAGUGGACAGAUAAAACAAGUUACAAAGAACAUGGCCACAGGAUGCUACUAAUAUGGUUACAUGGGAUUUUACUGAAAAAACAUAAUCCAAUUAAAUCUUUGUAUGAAGAUCUGGUAAUAACAGGACACCCACAGCUUGCUGAAGCCUUCAGAGUACAGAGCAGUAAUGGUAUACAGGCCAAGAAAUGCAUUAUCUCAUGAUACAGAAUAAAAGCAUUUCAGCAACAUUACGGUAUAACGGGGCACCUGUAAGAAAGCUCAAGCCUGCACCAGUCCACUUGUGUCCUUUCAGCAACAAUAAAGGCCUAUGGCCCUGUGUGUAUAUGUACAGUUUUAUAUAUGCCAGGUGGCAACAUGUUAUUUUUUAAAGCAUACUGUUCACUGUAGAAAUGUGUCUUAUGUUGUGUGUGCCAUGUAGUUAUUGUACUGUAUGUGUCCAGGUUUACCCCACUCCCACACAGGGGAGCGUUCAGUGACCACAAGGGAUGACACCCACCAGUCUUAGUGCACUUACUGCCAGUAAGCGCCUGGAGGCACAAAUCCAUUUACUAAGAUAUGUUCUUGUCCUGCCAAAAGUGGGGAUACUUUUGGGCUUGGUGGCUGCCUGGUUGGCAGGGAAAUGGAAGGUGUGAAUCACAUUCGUUUCAGCCAAAUGAUCAGAAGAAAGUGCCUGAACUGAUGCCCUAUGCGUUCUCCCUUGUUUGUCUACGGAGGCUGUUUAAGUCUGGGGCAUUAUUUGUAUAGUUUAAUGGUGAGCAAUUACUGCCAGAAUAAACUCUAUUUUUACUUGG